UCGGUAGAAUCAGUUCGAGCCGAACCGCACUGGGAAGCGGUUGGGGAAAGUUUCAGUCCAGGCUAAAGUGCGUGUGUUCAGCACUUUUGAUACAAAUACCCAUUCACAUCGUAGUGAAUUGCAGGUGGAGAAGAUUGCGCAUAAGAUUCGUUAAGACCGUACGGUUUCGGACAAGAUCGCGUUUGAUCGCGCCUCGAUCACACGAUGCUGUGGCGACAGGGGCUACUACUACUGCUGGUCGGUCUGUGCCUGGUUCUGGUGCGAUCCGAAGAUGAGGAGGUUAUCAAAUGUACCGGCGGUGAGUGCGUGAAGCUUCACCUUUGCCCGAACGGCGAGCUGAACACGGACGGUGCCAAUAUCAUUGACAUUCGCUUCAACCCGGACAAUGAGUGCGAGGACUAUCUGCUCAAGUGCUGCCCAUAUCCGGAGGGCGAAGAGGACGAUGUGGUGCCACCGCCGCCAUCCAUACCUGGGCCCAGCCCCGUACCGGUGCCGGUGCCAGGGGGACCCCAUUCGGUUCCUGUUACCGUCCCUAACCCUGGCCCCGGAGGAGCGGGAUCCGUUCCACCCGGCCAGGGAACGGGCCAGGUGCCGACAACACCCAGCGGACCAGGAAACUUGGGCACCGGUAAUAAGCCUGCGGGUGCCGGUGGUCCUGCCGGUGGAUUGGGUGGUGGUAGCACUGGUGGUGGUUAUGGUAAACCUCAUGGACAGGGUCAGGGCCAUGGACAUGGACACGGACAGGGCCAUGGAGGCUGUCGGGGUGACAGCUCCUGCUCGUCGUCUGGCUCCGAAAGCGACGAGCAGACGGUGUUGGCCGGUGCGGAUCUGAUUCCAGGUGGUCUCGGAGGUACUUCCGCUAAUCAGGUGAAGGAUCGUGAACAGGUACCGCAAGUGCAGGGUGGUGGUCCCCCUGUUUCGGAUUUAGGAUCUGGUCCCACCGCUGGGCAACCGGGUACCGGUAAACCGCAGCAAGGAGGCACUGGCACACCAGUUAGUGGAACUGGAGCUGGACAGCAAGGAACGGGAGGUAUCGGAGGUGCUGGAACAGGUGUUCCAACACAAAAGCCUGGUGGUGCUGGAGGAGCUGGACCCACUGGAACUGGUGCAAGUGGUGCAUCCACUCAAAAGCCUGGCGGUGCUGGAGGACUUGGAGGUGGUGUAGGAAGUGCAGGAGGCGCUCCAACUCCAAAGCCUGGACAACAAGGUGCUGGAGGCGCAGGUGCAGGAGGCGUAGGUGCAGGAGGCGCUCCAACUCCAAAGCCUGGACAACAAGGUGCGGGAGGUGCAGGCGGUCCUGGAACAGGCGCUGGAGGUGUGGGAGGUCUUGGAUCGGGUGUAGGAGGCGUUCCAACUCCAAAGCCUGGACAACAAGGUGCGGGUGGUGCAGGCGGUCCUGGAACUGGUGCUGGAGGUGCUCCAAAACCUGGACAACAAAUUCCUGGAGGAACUGGUGGUGCCGGAGGUAGUCCAGCAGUCGGUCAACCUGCACCUGGAGGAGCUGGUGCUACCAGUCCAGCCGGUACCGUUCAAGUGCAACCGGGAACACAGGGUGGACAGCCUAAUGUCAUUGGGCUUACUGCUCCCGGCAAAGAGGCGACUCCGACACCAGGAAAGCAACCGGGCGGAGCUGGACAACAUCAUGGGGGUCCGGGCGGUGCUAAACACCCUGGCACUGGUGGUGGAUAUAACCAAGGUGGUGGUGUGAAGGGUACUCAACCAGAUAAAGUCGGAACCGGUACCCAGAACCCGCUGGACAAGACGGUCAGCGUGCCGCAAAAGUGUGGCCUGCGCAAUGUGGACGGUGUGGGCUUCCGCAUUACCGGCGACAACGACGGCGAAUCGGAGUACGGUGAGUUCCCGUGGAUGGUGGCCAUCCUGAAGGAGGAGAAAGCGCUGGACCAAGUGAUCAACGUGUACCAGUGUGGCGGUUCCCUCAUUCACCCGUCGGUCGUCCUGACGGCGGCUCACUGCGUGCAGAACCGAAAGAUCGAGGAGGUGAAGGUGCGACUGGGCGAGUGGGACACGCAGACCAAGAAUGAAAUGUUUGACUAUCAGGAUCGUAACGUGGUGGAGAUCGUUUCGCACGCCGAGUUCUACAAGGGUGGUCUGUUUAACGACGUUGCCCUGCUGUUCCUGGACAAACCGGCCGAUCUGAUGGAGACGGUCAACACGAUCUGUUUGCCGCCGGCGAACCACAACUUCGACAUGUCGCGCUGCUUCGCCAGCGGCUGGGGCAAGGAUGUGUUCGGCAAGCAGGGCACGUACCAGGUGAUACUGAAGAAGAUCGAGCUGCCCAUUAUGCCGAACGAAGAGUGCCAGAAGGCGCUGCGUACGACGCGCCUCGGCCGGCGGUUCAAGCUGCACUCGAGCUUCAUCUGCGCCGGCGGUGAGAAGGGCCGCGAUACGUGCAAGGGCGACGGUGGGUCGCCACUGAUCUGCCCAAUUCCGGGCUCGGUCAACCACUACUACCAGGCCGGUAUGGUGGCGUGGGGCAUUGGGUGUGGCGAGGAUGGCAUCCCCGGGGUGUACGUGAACGUGCCAAUGUUCCGCGGAUGGAUCGACGAUCAUCUGCGGCAGCGUAAUAUUACUGACAGCUUCUACCUCUACACUUAGACGCGCUGCUCGCAAAAUCCCGUUCCUCGAUCGGCAGCGAACGUGAUCGGGAAUGGGCUUUUGGGAUGGGAAAUAUGGAUGAGACAAUAAAUUAACUAGAAUAAUAA